UUGGUACUUGUUAAAAUACUAGAAAAAAUGAUAAUAAAUUUUAAUAUUGGUCUGUUGGGUCAUGUGGAUUCCGGUAAAACUUCAUUGGCCAAAGUUCUAAGUUCCAUUUCUAGUACAGCAGCUUUCGAUAAAAAUCCCCAAUCAAAAGAGAGGGGUAUUACGCUGGACUUGGGCUUCAGUGCUUUACAAAUAGAAGCACCGGCCCACAUACAACAAACCAAUUCCUGCAUAGAAAAACUACAAUUUACGUUUGUAGACUGCCCGGGUCAUGCCAGUUUGAUACGAACAAUUAUAGGAGGCGCCCAAAUUAUAGAUCUAAUGAUUUUGGUUAUUGAUGCUCAAAAAGGCAUACAAACCCAAACAGCUGAAUGUAUCGUUAUUGGUGAACUGCUGCAACGUAAGCUGAUAGUAGUUGUUAAUAAAGUGGAUUUAUUAGAGGCCACACAGAAGGUGGCGCAACUUAAAAAGUUGGAAACCAAACUACGGAAAACUUUAUCAGCUACCAGAUUUGGCGAUAGUUUUCCUUUAUAUGCCGUGUCAGCUUUAAAUGGUGAGGGAAUAAGCGAGUUAUUGGAAGGUAUAAAGAAAAGUGCCUUUCUGCCACAACGUGAGGUGGAGAAACCUUUACUUAUGUACGUUGAUCAUUGUUUUUCGAUUAAGGGGCAAGGUACAAUAUGUACUGGUACCAUAGUGCAGGGAUGCGUAAAUGUUAAUGACAACAUCGAGUUGCCUCUGAUAAAAGAACAACGUAAAAUAAAAUCAAUGCAAAUGUUUCGUCAGCCCGUACAAAAAGCUGAAAUGGGCGAUCGUGUUGGAGUAUGUGUAACGCAAUUUAAUGCAAAACUUAUGGAACGUGGCGUUAUAUGCCAAAUAGGAUACUUGCAACCAAUAUAUGCAGCUGUUAUACAACUGCAACACAUACAAUACUACAAAUUUGCCAUUAAAUCGAAAACAAAACUUCACAUAAGUGUUGGACAUGAAACUGUUAUGGCGCAUUUAACUCUGUUCAAGGGUAAUGAUAUGACUGAAAACUUUGAUGUGCUUAAGGAAUACGAAUUUAUUGAGGAGUUGGAGGCAAAACCGAAACAUGAAACCAGCUAUGUCAUCUGGGCUCUGCUAGAGUUUGAAAAACCCAUACUAACAGCAACAGAUUCCAUUCUAAUUGCCUCAAAAUUAGAUUUAGAUGUACACACAAGCUCAUGCCGUUUGGCUUUCUGGGGCAAAAUCCAAUGGCACACCACAUCGAUGCAUUACGCAAAGGAACAAAUGAAAUUAUUUAAAAUAUAUAAAAAUAAACUGAAACAAGGCACGGUUCAACGUUUAGUUAAUUCUCAGGAGUUGAUUGUACAAAAUUUAUUCAAGAAAGAAUCCAAUCGUCAGUUGUAUAUAGGAAAACAAAUUGAGCUUUCUACGGGAGAAUGUGGUCGUGUUGAAAGCACCUUCGGUCAAACUUCAAAAGUGAAAAUAACAUUCGCUGAUCCUCUUAAGGAUACAACUUUGGCACUGUUAAAGGAAGGACGUUUGAGUGAUGUCUGUGUUAUACUUAAAUUUAAGAAAUAUAUUUUUAAUAAAGAUCUGGGAAUAAUACAGUAUAUAGAUAUGAAUUAUAUAAAGAUUUUAAACGUUUUGCUGUUACUCAUCGCCUGUACAUGGGCAACACCGACAUCUAAGAAAGGAGGUGGUCAGGCGGUGCGAGCACAACCUGCUCAUCCACCUCCAAGACAAGUAGUCAUACAGCCAGUGAUAGUAAAAACCGUUCAAGCACGUCCACAACCGGCUCAUCCACCUCCAAAACCCGUUCAUCCACCUCCAAAACCUGUUCAUCCACCUCCAAAACCUGUUCAUCCACCUCCGAAACCCGUGCAUCCACCUCCAAAACCUGUUCAUCCACCUCCAAAACCUGUUCAUCCACCUCCAAAACCCGUGCACCCACCUCCAAAACCCGUGCAUCCACCUCCAAAACCCGCGCCUAUAAAAGUGAAACCAGUUAUUAUCGUAAAGCCGGUGAUUAUUAAACCAGUCAUUGCUAAGCCUGGCAAGCAUCAUCAUCAUAAAUUUUAA